GCGACAAGAACACUUUUGCAAUGUCCCUCCCAACUCUUACUCGCUUGUGCUCACGACCACUACUCGCCAAUAGCUCUAGAUCCUUUGCGCCACUUCGAUCUUCUCGCUUCUAUUCCUCCGAGAGCGAGUCAGCAUCGUUGUCUGAAGGCGAAAAGCAUAUUUUCGACAAGCUGACAAAGGAACUAUCACCUGCACGUCUCCGAGUUGUCGAUGUUUCUGGUGGCUGUGGAUCCAUGUACGCCAUCGACAUUGCCAGCGAGCAAUUCAAGGGCCUCUCCAUUGUCAAGCAACAUAGAAAGAUCAACGAAAUCUUGAAGGAAGAGAUUAAGGGGAUGCACGGUUUGCAGCUCAAGACGGCCAGCAAUUAAAAAAAAUAAUCAGGGACGCUUGUCUCCUCUUUUCUUUAUUUAAAACAUGCGGAUACUGUACAGUGCAAGACCAUGACCAUGCAACGCCAAUUAUUUUGCUCUCAGUUCCUGAAACUGUGAUUGUAGCUGCAUAAUCUGUUAUAGAUGCAUCCCCCUUGUGUUAGUACAGUGUCUCCAUUAUGAACAUAGACUGCGUAUUUAUAAAACAAAAAAAAGUUACCUCUGUUCUCUUCUUUUCUGACUUUUGGGUCAAGUCUUGGAGCUGUGCUUCAACGCGUUUUCUAUUGGUGUAAAGCAAGUU